GAGCUCGCUCGCAGCGAGGGCAGGAGCGGAUUUAAAAGAGGCCUGGGCGGGAGGAGGGAGGCGGUGGAGAGAGCCCGGAGCCGAGCGCAGAGCGCAGAGCGCAGCGCGCCGCCACAUCCACAGCCCCGAGGCUCCCACCGACGGGCGCAGCGGGAGCGAGUGGAGCCGGGAGGCGCGCUCCGGGCAGAAAAAGCCGAGCCCGGCGCACGGACACGCGGGCGCCCUCGCCGUGCCCCUCGGCCAGCAUGAGGCUCCUGACGGCCGCGCUGCUCCUGCUGCUCCUGGCGCUGUGCGCCGCGCGCGUGGACGGGUCCAAGUGCAAGUGCUCCCGGAAGGGACCCAAGAUCCGCUACAGCGACGUGAAGAAGCUGGAAAUGAAGCCAAAGUACCCGCACUGCGAGGAGAAGAUGGUUAUUAUCACCACCAAGAGCAUGUCCAGGUACCGGGGUCAGGAGCACUGCCUGCACCCCAAGCUGCAGAGCACCAAGAGGUUCAUCAAGUGGUACAACGCCUGGAAUGAGAAGCGCAGGGUCUACGAAGAAUAGGGUGAAAAAUCCCUGAUGGGAAAACUUCAUACAGGUUGAGAGACAAGCAAAGGACUUUGCAGAUUAAACAAACAAACGCCUUUCUUUCUCACAGGGAUAAGACACAAUUAAAUAUUGUUACAAAGCACUUUUUACCAAGGGUCAGUUUUUACAUUUUAUAGCUGUGUGUAAAAGGCUUCCAGAUGUGAGACCCUUCUCUCUUGUGCUCCAGAUUUCAUCACAAGCUGCUUUUUACCGAAAAGGGGGGAAACUUAUGCCUUUCCUUUGUUU